GACGGAGCGGAAGCGGGAGUAAAGAGCCGAUCCGCCAUUGUGGAAUAUGGUGAGAGAUCUUCCGGAGAGACCCUCGUCACUUUCAGAUUGACCCCGCUCAUCACAGUCCGUGGCCGGAUCGCACACACGCGUCUCUUCGACCGAGCAGCCGUCGGAAGAAGCGACCGGGAAGCAACGGAUCGUCGCCAGGGAGGAAGAUCUGAGCCUCGCGGGGAGAAGCCGAGCGACGAGCCCGCAGAGAGGCAGGGGGAAGCCGCGGUCAGUGCCACACUCAGCGGAUCCGGGUCGGUUCCUGGAGGAUGUCUGCGACCACCGUCGAUCAGAGACCCAAAGGACAAGGAAAUAAAGUGCAAAACGGAUCAAUGCAUCAAAAGGAUAGUGUGAAUGAUGAUGAUUUUGAGCCUUACUUAAGCGGCCAGACAAAUCAGAGUAACAACUAUCAACCAAUGUCUGACCCCUACAUGCCGAGCUACUAUGCUCCAUCCAUCGGUUUCCCUUACUCUCUGGGAGAGGCUGCUUGGUCCACAGCAGGAGACCCCCCCAUGCCCUACCUAGCUACCUAUGGACAGAUGAGCAAUGGCGAGCCGCACUUCAUCCCUGACGGCGUCUUCAGCCAGCAAGGUGCCCUGGGGAACACGCCUCCCUUCCUCGGCCAGCACGGCUUCAACUUCUUCCCUGGUAAUGCAGACUUUUCCACCUGGGGUACCAGUGUCUCUCAGGGACAGUCCACACAGAGCUCAGUGUACAGCAACAGCUACGGCUACGCCCCCAGCUCACUGAGCCGAGCCAUCACGGACGGACAGGCGGGCUUUGGAAGCGACACCCAGCUCAGUAAGGUGCCGGUACUGAACAGCAUUGAGCAGGGUAUGACCGGGUUAAAACUGGGUACGGACAUGGUGGCCGCUGUCACCAAAACCGUGGGCUCUCCCUUAGGAGGCACGGCAGGUAUGACCAGCAUGGCAGCCAAUAACCUCCCUCCGUCUGUGAGCUCGUCAGUGCCUAAACCCGCCUCCUGGGCCGCCAUCGCCAAGAAGCCGGCCAAGCCGCAGCCCAAGGUCAAACCCAAGGUCAACAUGGGGAUGGGGGGAAUCGUCACCAUUCCUCCACCCCCCAUAAAGCACAAUAUGAACAUUGGUACUUGGGACGAUAAGGGCUCUCUGAAUAAGCCUCCAUUAGCUCAGACUAUGAUGUCCCAACAGCCUCUAGUGCAGCAGCCUCUGUUAGCUCAGCCCCAGCCCUUACUGCAGAGCCCUCUGCCCCCCCAGCAUCAACACCAACAACACCACCACCAACAACAACACCACCAACAACAACACCACCACCACCAACAACAACAACACCACCAACAACAACAACACCACCAACAACAACAUCACCAACAACAACAUCACCAACACCAACACCACCAGUCCUUCCAACUCCAGUCUCUCCAGUCCCCCCAGCAUCCCCAGCACCCCCAACACCCCCAGCAUCAUCAGCAUCCCCAGCAACUGCCCCCUGGCCCUCCUCACAUGCACCUUUCCUCUCAGCAUGGCCCCCCACAGCCCCUUCAUCAACAACAACCCCAGCAGCCCGGCCCGCCCCCUAACCGCUGGGUGGCGCCCAGGAACCGGGGCGAGGGCUUCGGCUUUGGUGGUGGGGUCCCCCUAAGUGCCUCCCCCUGCUCGGGAGAGGUGCACCCGGUGCUGGAGAAACUCCGGGCUCUCAACAACUACAACUCCAAAGACUUUGACUGGAACUUGAAAAACGGACGUGUUUUCAUAAUCAAGAGCUACUCAGAGGAUGACAUCCACCGCGCCAUCAAGUACUCCAUCUGGUGCAGCACAGAACAUGGCAACAAGCGCCUGGAUGGGGCCUACCGCUCCCUGGGCAACAAGGGGCCCCUGUACCUGGUGUUCAGUGUCAAUGGCAGCGGGCACUUCUGCGGUGUGGCCGAGAUGCGCUCACCGGUGGACUACAAUGCCUAUGCGGGCGUCUGGUCUCAGGACAAGUGGAAGGGCAAGUUCGAGGUGAAGUGGGUUUUCAUCAAAGACGUGCCCAACAACCAGCUGCGACACAUCCGGCUGGAGAACAAUGACAACAAGCCCGUGACCAACUCCAGGGACACUCAGGAAGUGCCUCUGGAGAAGGCCAAGCAAGUGCUUAAAAUUAUCGCCACUUACAAGCAUACCACCUCAAUCUUUGAUGACUUUGCACAUUAUGAGAAACGUCAGGAAGAGGAGGAGGCUCUGAGGAAGGAGCGCAAUAGAAAUAAACAGUAACCUUCAAGCAAGCUCUCUGCUAGAACUGCAACACUAAUGAUGUAGGACCUUAAAUAAAAAUUUGCCUAACCAGGAGGGGGAGGAGGAGGAGAGGCUCUCGCAGUCUUUCCCGCUGAAGACGACAACGUUUCGGAUCACUUGAACACGCCGAUCGAUGGACUCCUCUGUAUCCGUUGACUGGUGCAACAAACCCGUGAUCCCGUCUCACGAGAAGAAAACCCACUUUGAGAACUCUUGUCUUUAAAGCACUUUCAGUCCUUCUCAACAGCCUCUACCAACACCCUUAACUCUCUAACUCUCUGUUCUUCUAUGAUUUUUCUUUGUGAGCAACUAACUGACUAACCCAGAGUAGUCAGAAGAUUUCACCGGGCUUAAUUGUCUUUUCUUUUUUUCUUUUUUAAAAACGCCUCAAAUGCUAGGGAUGUUUCUGAGCCUCGUUAGCUCCUGGAGAGAAUUAUGAUGAAAUGUAUAAAUUAAUCUCGUACUUGAAUCCGUGUCCAGCCGUCUGAUCGUCCUUUCGACAGAGGCUGUGGAUGAUUGACGGGCGGGGGGGAAAUAAUUGGGAAAGGGCCACAGUCAUGCCAAUCAUAGGAUGUAUCCUCUCUCGACCUGCUCCCUUCCUUUCUGCAUCUGUUCUGUGUACUAAAAGAUUACAGUUACGCAGCCGGUCGGCACACGUCGGCCCGUGCACAUCUUUGUUAUUUUUUUUCUCUCUGUCUUUCUCUCUCUCUUGUGAUUCUGUCAUUCUGAAGUGCAUUUGUCUGAGGAGAAACCUGCUGCUCUGACGGAACCGGCCGUGGCCUCCUGUGGCCCCGGUACGUGACUGUCUCUGCUCUGAUGUCCACGUACGCCACCGUACCUCCGACUCAAUCAGACUGUCCGUCCUCCGCAACUCUUAGAACUUUUGGGAGAACUCCCGCAAUCCCCCACCCCCUGCUGCUUGGCUCCACCGGGACUCCCCCCAAAACGGCAAGAUAUCAACUGCAAGGAUGUGACAGUUUUCUCCUCUAGGUAACUCACUAGCUAAAUAAAAAUUACCCAUGUUUAGCGCAAA